GCCACCUACUGCAUUGAGCGCUCAACAGUUAAAACUCAGGUUCUGUUGGUGUCAUGCACAGGAAGUUACUCUUCUGCUUUUGUGCUUCUGUGGUUUCUAGUUGUUACAUUGUGAGACACACUCCCCUCUCCUUCCUCUCACACACAGGCCUCUGUGCUUUAUUGAGCAGAGAAGGCAUCAACUAGUGUAGAGUAUAGUUAUUUAGACACAGGUAAGUCUUUUUUCAGUCCUUACCUUAUUCUUAGAGGUACUUGUAGAGUUAAUGAGAGGGCAAACAUGAGGACAGCCCUUCUUUUUUUAUUACCCACCUUGUCCUCCGGACGGAGCAGGAUUUACUAAACCAAAGGCUUGAUGUUCCCCUCCUUGAAGUUCCAGGACUCGGUUUGAUUUCUUUUUCUUGUCAUUUGGAGUGAUCACCUUUCAUCACUCAUUUGGAAUACACUGAUUUCUCAGGAGAAGGGGUUUGUGUAAAGCUUUCCUCCUGGAUUACUUGUGGAGAUUAGUGAUGGGGAAUGCAGCGGCAGGGGGCUUGGAGCAAGAACCGGCUGAGGGCCGAGAGGCCAGGAACUCAGUCGGGACAGCUUCCACAAUGAGUGAUCCCACGCUAGGCCCAAAGAAGCAGUCUGCCCCUCCAAAACUUCCCAUGCCCCCAGAAGAGGAGCUGGAGGAGCGCUUCAAUAUGGUGCUGAGCCACAUGAACUUGCCUCCAGAUAAACUGAAGCUGUUGAGCCAGUACGACAAUGAUAAGAAAUGGGAAUUGGUCUGUGAUCAGGAGCGUUUCCAGGUGAAGAGUCCACCAUCUACUUACCUGAGCAAAAUCAAGAGCUUCUACCAAGAUCAAGUUGGGGUGUCUCGGAGGUCAAAGAAAAGAAUCCAAGAUGCCACACAGGUUCUCAAAAACCUGGAGAUCUCCCUUCGCACCAAUCACAUCGGAUGGGCCCAAGAAUUUCUCAAUGAGCAGAAUAAAGGUUUGGAUGUCCUGGUGGAAUACCUUUCCCACGCUCAAAGUGACACCUCAUUCGAUGUGGAGGUCGUGGAAAACGGCGGCAGCGUGUCAGAUCGGCGCAAGUCAGCAGAAAGGUCGAUGGAAGAUUUGACCAAGAGCUCCAACAGCAGUCAGUCUCACGGGAUGAGCAGAGCCGCUCGGGCGUUGACCGUGAGAAUAAGCUCCACGCUGGCGCACAAGAUGCACAAGAAGUCCCAUUCAUCCCAUCAGAGAGAUGACAUACAUGUGUGCAUCAUGUGCCUGAGAGCCAUCAUGAACUACCAGUCUGGUUUUAACCUGGUGAUGACUCAUCCGCGUUGUGUGAAUGAGAUCACGCUCAGCCUAAACAGCAGGAAUCCCAGGACCAAAGCCCUCGUGUUGGAGCUGCUGGCUGCCGUGUGUCUUGUCAGAGGAGGCCACGACAUCAUCCUUUCUGCUUUUGACAACUUUAAGGAGGUGAGCAAAGAAAGGAACCGCUUCGAAAAGCUGAUGGAGUACUUCGUCCAUGAUGACAACAACAUUGACUUCAUGGUGGCCUGCAUGCAGUUCAUCAACAUCGUGGUCCACUCAGUGGAGAACAUGAACUUCCGCGUUCAUCUACAGUAUGAGUUCACCCACCUGGGAUUGGACAAGUAUCUGGAAAGUCUGAAACAAACGGAGAGUGAAAAGCUUCAGGUCCAGAUCCAGGCCUACCUGGACAACGUCUUGGAUGUGGGAGUCCUGAUGGAGGAAGCAGAGAACCGAGGAGGUGUGCUGGAGCACGCCGACGAACUACAGGAGCACAACAUACAGCUGAACACCCGGCUUCAGGAGAUCGAGAAUCAGAGCAUCGAGAGGAUAUCUGAGCUGGAGACUCAGCUCAUGCAGGCCACCAAGGAGACGGAGCUGCUCAAAGAAAGCCUCAGGGAGUCGUGCUCUCAGGUUAGUGCUUUGCAGCAGAGAGAAAGAGAGCGGGAGCUGGACAGGGAGAGGGAAAAGGACAGGGAGCGUCUGAGCACCUCCAUCGGUCAGACGACCUCGGAGCUGGAGCAGAAGGUCCAGGAGCUGCAGGACAAAGGCCUGAUCCGACUGGGACGCAGCGCCUCCGGCAGCCUGGACAUCCAGGUGGUCCCCGUCACGGUGGUCGAAUACGUCCAAAGCCCGUCUCCAGCAGGCCAGCCCAGCACGCCGAGCUCCGAUUCAACAGACUCCGCAUCUGUCCUCCCUUCUCCACCUCCUCCACCUCCUCCACCUCCCCUUCCUGGUGGUCCAGGGCAGGCUGCCUCUCCUCCUCCUCCUCCUCCCCCUCCCCCACCCGGGGCAGGUCCACCGCCGCCUCCUCCUCCGCCUCCACUACCUGGGGCAGGUCCACCGCCACCCCCACCUCCCCCACCCGGUGCCGGUCCGCCACCCCCGCCUCCCCCACCUGGUGCUGGACCUCCACCACCUCCACAAGCCAGUCAGCCGGGGCUUAAGACUAAGAAGACCAUUCAGACCAAGUUUAAGAUGCCUCUGUUGAACUGGCAGGCUUUAAAACCAAACCAGGUUACAGGCACCGUCUUCAACGAGCUGGAUGAUGAGCAGAUUUUAGGGGAACUGAACAUGGAUGUGUUUGAGGCGCAGUUCAAGACCAGGGCCCAGGGUGAUCCAGGAGAUGUGUUGAAGGUCAAGAAAAAGAUGACCCAAAAGGCACCCAGCAAGACGUCCUUGAUUGACCCAAACAAGGCCAAGAAUCUUGCAAUCACUCUGCGCAAAGGGGGGAUGAGCCCAUCUGCUAUCUGCACCGCCAUAGAGGCGUACGACCAGCAGUCUUUGUCUAUAGAUUUCUUGGAACUGCUUGAGCACUUCAUACCGUCAGACUUCGAAAAGAAGCUCCUGGACAACUAUGAGAAAGACGGACGUCCGCUGGAGGAGCUGACUGACGAAGACCAGUUUAUUUUACGCUUUGGGAAGAUUGCUCGUCUGAGCAAGAGAAUUAGCACCCUCACUUUCAUGGGAAACUUCCCGGAGACCGUCAAGCGCCUGCAACCGCAACUGAACUCCAUCAUUGCUGCAUCCAUGUCUAUCAAGUCUUCAACCAAACUGAAGAAGGUCUUAGAAAUUGUUCUGGCCUUUGGUAACUACAUGAACAGCAGCAAGAGAGGCGCAGCCUACGGUUUCAGGCUGCAGAGUCUGGACCUCUUGUUGGAGACCAAAUCUACCGACCGCACACAGACGCUACUUCACUUCAUCACCGAAAUUAUCCAGGAAAAAUACUCCGACUUGGCCAACUUCCACACCGAUCUUCACUUCGUAGACAAGGCGGCUCUUGCGUCCCUGGACAGCAUUCUCCAAGAUGUCCGCUCACUGGAGCGAGGGAUGGAGAUGGCCAAGAAGGAGUUUCUGGUGCAAGACGACAGUCCUGUGCUGAAGGAGUUCAUCAAAACAAACUGCGAGCUGCUGGAGGCUUUACUCAAGGACAGCAAGACUGCACAGGAGGCUUACAUCUCUGUGGUGGAAUACUUUGGAGAAAACCCCAAAACCACGCAGCCCUCCAUGUUCUUCCCCAUGUUUGGCCGUUUCAUAAAGGCCUAUAAGACAGCGCAACAAGCUAUUGAGCAGAAAAAGAAAAUGGAGCACGAGAGCCAGGAGGUGAAAGACUCACCUUCUCCAAACAAGCCUGGUGCACAAAAGAGCCCGAUGCCCAUGAUGCCGAAGAUGGACCUGAUAGCGGAGCUGAAGAAGAGGCAGGUGAAAACUCCGGUUCGCGAGGGGAAGGACGGUGCACUGGAGGACAUCAUCACAGAUCUGAGGAACACACCAUACAGGCGGGCAGAUGGGCGCCGGCCGGCGCAGCGCCAGGACACUUAAGCCACUUCUGCUUGAUAUUUUUAUUUUAUUAUUUUCUUUACAAAUGUUACUGGAAUCACACUCAAAUGUACAAGCAGUUGAGAAGCUUUAAAUGCCCUGUAUAUACUAUAAAUCACAAUCUUUGGUUAGCCGUAUGAAAGUGUGGAUUAACAAUAUACUGAUUUGUAAAUAGAAUUUGGAAGUUUUCUUAUGUUUU